ACUCCAUAUAUAGAGACUCACACAAACACCUUCACUACAAAAUUUUCACUUACGGAGACAUAAACACAAACACCUUCACUGCAAUUCUCAAAAUACUGCAAAAUGACGAAACAAGAUGAAGGAUUAACAUUAGAACUCAUACGACAACAUCUCCUCGAAGAUUUCACAACUACAGAAUCAUUCAUCAACAGUCUCAAUUCUUGUUUUUCCGAUCAAAUCUCCUCCUCCGACGACAUAUCCCCUGUUUUCACUUCAGUAAAAACAGAGCCAUCUACAUCCAAUUCCCUCUCAGAUUCACCCAAUUCCUCAUACCCAAAUGAACCCAACUCCCCAAUUUCCCGUUACUUCAAUCUCCACUCUGAUUUCCCCGAAUUCAAAAUCGAUUCAGAUACCAUCCUCAGUCCAGUUUCCGACAGCUCCGCCGGUUCUAAUGAAGACAAUAAUAAGAAGAAGAAUUACAGAGGGGUAAGGAGAAGGCCAUGGGGGAAAUUUGCGGCGGAGAUAAGAGAUCCAAGUAGAAAAGGAUCGAGGAUUUGGUUGGGUACUUUUGAUACUGAUAUGGAUGCUGCUAGAGCUUAUGAUUGUGCAGCGUUUAAGAUGAGAGGAAGAAAAGCUAUUCUGAAUUUUCCGUUGGAUGCCGGAAAAUCUGGUGCUCCGGCGAAUAUUGGCCGGAAAAGGAGAAGAGAGAACAAGAUGGAGUUGGUGGAGAUGAUUAAUUUGUAAUUUGUAUGAAAGUAUGUUAAUUACUUACUUAAUCCUCUUUAAGUGAUGUAUUAAACUCCAUUACAUUAUAAUUAAUAGAGUUUUUUUUCCAACA